CAGUGCUGGGCUUUCCAAAGAAGUUGUCUUGAUGGCAACGGAAGUCACAUAUUUUAUCUUUCUUCGUUUCUUUUCUUUGUUGAUUGCAUGUGGGGGAGUUUGUGGGCAAGUGGGACUGGAUUCUUCAUUCGCCCUCCAAAAAAACAGAGGAUAUGGUUACUGACACAGUCAGCAAUCUGUUCACGACUUUUUUACUACUCGCCUUCAGUGUCAAUAUUUUUUCACGGGAUGUGAUGGAUCGCAUGGUUUGUGGUCAAAAACUUUGUAGCUUUCGCUUCUUCGAAAUGAAAUUCGCCGAUGAAACGAGCAAUGACUUUUUACUCUCAGUCCCGUCCCUGAAGUUUCCAAUAAUUAGUUCAAUGUGAUUCUGCGAUCAAGUGGCUGACGAUGUUCUCAUGGACCA